AUUUUCUCUUUCUUUCAUAUACUUUUUUAUUUCAGUUUCUUUAUUUAUUAAACAUGUCAUCUAUAGACGAUAUUAGUAAGUAUCUAUCAAAGAAAGUUUAUCAGUAUGAAUUACAAACGGCUCUUUAUAUGCUGGAGCCCUGGGAGAAGAUCUUGUUCAACUCCCUUGCAUUAUGUCUUCUAAGUCUCUCAAUUGCAACAAUAUAUCACUUUACACCAUCUGUAUUUGCUAAAUCGAUGGAAAUAUAACCCAACCAAAUCUUCAAAUACACCUCUUAUUACUAUUACUAUUUAUUCCAAUAAUUUACUUUUGUACAAAAUAAAACAAUUAUCCCUGUUAAAUCUUUAACCUUA